AUGCACCGACCGAUCUACGACGUGGACGGCUGUGACGACGACGGCGCGCCGACGGACGAUAACCUGCACCUGCAAGAGGCUUUCGAGUCGCUCUUCCUCAAGUACAAGGUGGACGUUGUGGUGGCUGGCCACAGACACUACUACGAGCGACAACUGCCUAUCGCAAACAGCUCGGCGGUCAUGGACGGCGUAUCGAACGACUACAAAGUAUACGAUAACCCCCAAGCGCCCGUGCAUAUCUUGACAGGGGCUGCUGGGAACGUCGAGAACUUGCGGGACGCCCCCAAAGGCACCGCGCCGUGGAACGCAGCAUACGAGUACUCACACUUUGGCUCCUCCACGCUGGAAGCCAACCGCACAAUGUUGUCGUGGAAGUACCUGGCCAGCUCCGGCCUGUCGGUUCAAGACGAGUUCGUCAUGUACAAGAGUUUCUAG